AUGCAGGCUCCUGAUCAAGGCCAACAGCUUCAGAAAUUUACCGCUGUCAAUGUAUACAAUUUUCUCCACGAUGAAGAGCAGCAGCAGCAGCAACAGCAGCAGCAUAACCAGCAUAACCACCAUCAACAGGAUAAUACAAAACAGCCAAUACCGAAACUAACAAAUAAGCAUACCACAUUAAAACACUUGAAUCCAAAGAGAAAGAAGCGAGUUAUUACAAGUAGAGCCUGUGAUGCUUGUGCUAUAAGGAAAGUAAAAUGUGACCCAAAUACACCUUGCACCCAUUGUGUUACCAAUGGACUAUCUUGUACCAGAAAUAGAGAACGAAAAAAAUCGGGCCCAAAGACUUUAACCAAAAAGACAUUGGAUUCGAUAAAUAACUUGAGUGAAGUUAUUGAUUUUAAUGCUCAGCAGCAUAAUGCGGGGAAUACCUUCACAUCAAUGCUGCGACCAAUGUCAAGAACAUACACUUCGCCGAGCCCUGGCCUUAUAGAAGAUGAUUCUAACCAUACAUCGAGUAAUGGAUACGUUUCAACGACAUCAAUAGCUCAGUCACAGUCACAGAUAUCUGCCACAACAAGUAUAAACUCAACAAACCAUCAUUUGCAUUCAGGAGACGCAACUGACAUCCACUCUAAUGCUGCUGCACUUCCCGGUUUUCAGCAGAGGCUACCGCUACCAUCUGCAACAUCGGUAGAUGAUUACUUAGUGACACCAUACCACUUGAUUGAAAAUAUUAAGCUAAUUGGAGACGAGCCAGCUAUAUAUGAGCUUGUUAGACCACUCACUGUCCACUCUAUAGUGGCAAACCAUCAAAAACUUGUUGACUUUUUAUUGGCAAACUAUCCAAACACGUCCACACCUUCUGGGAAUCUGCAUUUUCAAGAAAUUAAUUUGAUCGCACAUCAUGAGGAUUCAUUAUACAUAAGCACCUUGUUGAUUAUCCUAACUUUGAACCAAAUUGUAGCAGAGAUAUUGAUCAAGUUAAAGAAGCAAAAGUUUAAGGAUUUCUUACGUUAUCCAAAGAAAUUCUUGAUGUUUCGACCUUUCAAGAACUUUAAAAAUUUGUGCCAUUUCAAGGUAUUGGAAAUAAUCACUUUAAUUGAAAAAAACUUUAUUGUGCCCCCAAUUAUACCUAGAAGACGAGCAACUACCCUUAACGGGGACAAUACCAAUUUGUCCACCCAUUGGAACCAAUAUCAAGUUUACUACAAUUUAUCGUUGUCCAAUAUGCACUUGUGUAACUACUAUCACAUUUUGAACUUAACAAACACGCUAAACCCAACAAGCUCCAUGGAAAACUCAUACGGAAACGAGGCUCAGGAGCAUCAAAAGAUUAUUUACUUACAUCGCGCAAUAACCUUUUUUCAAUUGAUUAAUUUGAGAGAGGACGACUCUUUGGUUCCAUUUCGAGAGUUGUAUGAUUUGUUGUACUCAUCCGAAAGGUACUAUAUUGUUUACAGCUCUUUCAACUAUAACAUCAAUAUAAUAAGAAACAAUGACAUUGUGUUGCGACUAAAAUCGGGUAAGUUUGAAGGACUCGGGUAUCUACAUUUUUUGAUGAGGAUAGUCGACGAUUACAACAUGAUAGAUGUACUAUGUCGAAAAUCCAACUUCAAUGCUGUCAUAGAUUUUGAUAAACCUCAAACUGGGUACUACCAAUUGAAAGCAACUAUAUUUUCUUUGCAACCCACUGAAUCAUUGCAUGAGCUACUUCGCGAUAUUUUACUCUUUAAAAUUUUAUUGAUCAAGCCGUUGGAUUUUGAGCAGAGCAAAAUUGAGAUUAUCAAUAUUGUAAACUCUUUAUGUAACCUGUUGGAGAGAGCCGAUUCCGAUGUGUUCAAGGUGCAACUUUCGAAUUAUCAAUUGCUUCAGCCCUUGUUGCAUGUUCUCAAGAUUUUCCUUGAGAUUAAGCAAGUGGAGGUAAGACUUCAUAUUCCUAUAAAUUUCCAGGACCAGGAGUUACUAAUAAGGUAUAGUGAGCUUUUGGUUUUGCAUUUCCCAUUCUUCAACAAUAUCAAUAAACUCAUAAGGGCUCAUAAAAUAUUGAAUAGCUUAUUUUUGAUUUUAAGCGAUGCCAAAAAGGAUGAGAAUAUGCUUCAAGAUAUAUCUCAACAAUCCAACACGCCAAUUCAGGCGCAGCAAAGUCAAACAGAUAAUGCACCCCCCACGACCAUCAACAACGACAACGAUGACAACAACGACAACAACACAUCAAUGGUACCCCCCUUACAUACAGGAAUUACACCUACUCACGAUCAAUUCCCAAGUUUCACUAAUUUGUCUCGCAUUCAACUGCAACAACGUAUUGCAUCUCAAAUUAAUAUCAGUGAACUAUUACGAGUUUUUGACGAUUCCAAAUUAGAAAGCUCUGAGAAGGGCGUAGUACACCCAGUAGCGACUCUACAAUAUAAAGCUGAUGACGAGGAAGAAGACGGGGAGGAAGACGGGGAGGAAGACGAGAAAGAGCAAGAGCAAGAAUUUUUCAGCAUUGUGCCCAAGCAUGAGCACGGUCACAAGUUUGCAAAUACACGCAUGCCACAAAAUAAUGAACAUACGCCUUCUCCAGCAAGUCAAACAAUCAAUUAUCACAAAAAUCCAAAUUUGUCAAUUAGCGAAAGUACAAAGAGCUUUUUAUCGUUGCUAAAUGCAGCUACUUUUGCUGAGACCAGUCAACAAUUCGAAGUUUCUGGUACUGGAACCGGUAUUGACACUAGCACUGGUACUGGUACUGGUACUGGUGCUGGUGCUGGUGCUGGUACUGGUGCUGGUACUGACACUGACAACACGGCGACUAACGACACCAACCUUUUUACUUCAAGUGCCAUUGCAGUCAGUGCAGGCAGAAAUAAUAUGACUAAUCCUAGCUUUCUCAAUUUAUUCCAGUUUAAUAAUACACCUUCCAACUCAUGA